AUGGUCACCCAGAACUGCUGCGAAUAUCUCGAGUCUCCACCGUCAUAUCAAGGUUUUCUUGACCACUAUCUCUUGCCCAACAAACCCGUUCUUAUUGGGCCCUCCUUGGUCUUCUCGUGGUCUUCUCUCUCUCAAUGGGUGGUCAAGACGGAUGUUGCCCCAAGCAUUAAUUGGGACUUCCUCUCGGAAGCAUACGGUGACCAGCUCGUCACUGCAGCGGACUGCUCUACCCGCGAAUUCAGCGACCAGAAGCGACAGACCAUACCCUUCCGCGAAGUGGUUGACCUCUGGCGUACCGGCAAGGGCGACUCGCUCUACGUGAAAGACUGGCACCUUGCGCGCGCGGUCCAUCCAGAGACGUUCUACGAGACGCCCGACAUCUUCAGGGACGAUUGGAUGAAUGCGUACUACUCCGCCUGUACGUCGGACGACUUUCGCUUUGUCUAUGUUGGCGCAGCUGGGACGUUCACGCCGCUUCACCGGGAUGUCUAUACUAGCUAUUCUUGGUCUACGAACAUCUGCGGAAGGAAGAGAUGGUGGCUCUUCCCUCCCGAACAAACCACGUUCCUGCUCCGGAAGGGUGCGGAGGAGCAUCUGGAAACGGCGUUCGACGUGCGCCAUGUCAACCCCGACGAGUUUCCUGGCUACUCCCAGGCGACACCGGUUAUAGUCGAGCAAAAAGACGGCGAAACGAUCUUUGUGCCGAGUGGGUGGUAUCAUCAAGUCGAGAAUAUAACCGCCUGCAUUUCCAUCAACCACAAUUGGUGCAACUCCAUCAACCUCCCUUCUCUGUACGACUCCAUGUGCGCCAAAGUGACCGAAGUCGAACAUGCACUAGAAGACGUACGCGAGUUGCUAUCCCAGAACGACAGCAGCCACUCGGGUGGGCAAGGGUGGGAACGCGAGUGGGUCAAUAUCGUACAGGAUGUGGUGGAGAAGGACGCCGGUUGGAACUGGUUGACGUUCUGGAAGAUGAUUCGAUACGUACUCGGAGCAGCGGCGUGUCCUGCUACGGAUUGCAAGCUUUCAGGAACACUCUGGGUACCCGCCCCGCCAACCCUCACGCCUUCGGCCUCAUUCAUCCAUGAGCAUGUAUUAGCAUGCUACGGUCGCUUCCUCCACCGCACAGAGCGUGAGGCCGAUCUUGUCGAUGGCCUCCGCGAUGUCCUCGACGAAAUCAAACGGAUAUCAGACGGCGUUCUGACCACGCAGGACACACGCAAUGACGGCAGCCAUAUCGGAUGUGACGGGUCUUGA